AUGGAAGAAAAUGAAGAUGUAGUCGAUGUUGUGGUAGUCACUGGCAGUAUUAAUUCUGCCAACAAGACCGGCAUAACGCUACCAAUAUGCAAUGUUUAUUUCUCACCACGAGCUACCAAAAUUAUGAUUGCUAUCUUCUGUAUUAUAUGCCUAUGCGGUCUGUUAGAUACUCUCAAUGCUUUCAUGGUGGUUUAUGGUAGUCCACCGAGUAGAACUUUACCAAGUUUGCAGGCUAUACUUAGGACGUUACGAAUUCCCUAUACGGUUUUAUUAAGUUACAUGAUAUUGCACAAGCGUCCCAGUCUUGGCCGCCUAAUAUGUACAUGUGGCACAUUAAUCGGAUUAUUUAUUUCUUUCGAACCUAUUAUUUUCGAUAUUAAUGGUCAAUAUCGAAAGAAGGGUAUUGCUUCAGUAAUUUGGCCGCUCGUUUUUGGGUUGGCAUAUCUACCAAGUAGUCUAUCAAAUGUUUUACAGGAAAGAUAUAUUAAAAAAGAUGCAAAGGAGGAAACUCUUGUAUUUCUGGCAUGGAUUCAAACCUACAAACUUAUUUUUGUUGGGCUUUUUUUCUGGACUGAAUUUAUACCCGGCUUUGGAACGGCCAAAUCUUUCAAAGAAUUUCAAGACGGCAUGUACUGUGGAUUCAUGGCUCAAUAUACUGGUAAUUCUAACGUUCAUUAUCCCUGGGCCGCUGGUGCAUCGUCUGCAUUUAUACUGUUUUUUACUGGAGUUCAACUUUUUUCGUUACUACUGAUUCGUUACACAGAUGGAGCUAAUUACUUAGUAAUUAUUCAAGCACCAGUAACUCCCUUGGUUGCCUUCUUUUGGACAUUAUUUUCUUCUAAGAAUGGCAUUCACUGGCAUCCUCAUUUCACGUUAUCUACAGGAUUUAUUAUUGCUAGCGUUUUGGUUAUCGUUCCAUGCGUAUUACUUUAUAAUUACUUCAGUAUUUUGGAUGACAAGAAACGAGCUGCAAGAGAAGCAGCAUUAAAUAAGUACAAUGACGAUAUGCGUACUUUAACUGAUUCAAGCGUACCAUCUUAA